CCUUCUCAGGCUUGAACCAAACAAAGUAGCAAAAGUUUCAGGCUUAUUAUGCGUUAGUUGAGACCUAAAUAAAUACUGCUUCAGGUUCAGGUAGUAACCAAACAGACCCCUAAUCUCGUCCUAGCUCCAAAUUGAACGAGCCACGACCCGUCCGAGAGGUGUAUCGUCGGCGGCGACUUCAUCCGUGGGCAGAUCGACCUCCACAAGCUUCGCGGCGAGGUCUAGUCUAGACGAGGUCGGCAUCAACUUCAUCGGUGGCCGUGCUUCCCCCUUCAUCCCCUCUGCUUGGACGGGGAUCCACCGGCCAGAUCCGGCGCAUCUUCAGGCCAAGGGUGAGCUCGUCGCCCUCCCCUCUUGGGCCAACGUGGAUUCCCGGUGACUGGAUCCGAUUCAUUCAGUAAAAUAAUUGGAGGAAUCCCUCCAAACGGAUCCGAUUUCUCCCUGCCAUGUCGCCCUUGGCAGGACCUUGUGCAAGCCCCAGCUGGUCCGACCUCUAUGAUCUCCUCCUAAUCAUCCUGGAACGACUGGAGCUUCCUCAUGCACUUGCCUUCGCCGCAGUCUGCACUACAUGGAGUUCCGCCGCCACGGCUGCCGGUGUCCCACGUUCUCGCACUCCAUGGAUCAUGUCUUGGGGUAACCACGUUGAUAAAAGGCUGGACGAAAGGCGCCGCUCGGCGGUGACCUGCAACCUCUACCACCCUGAUGAUGCAGUCGACAAGAUCUAUAGUGUCAGUUUUCCAAAGGGCUCCUUUGUUGCGUGCUACGGGGCCUCUCACGGCUGGCUGGUUUUGGCGAAUGAUCUCUCCAAUCUCGUGCUUCACAACCCUGUCACACUGGCCAUGAUCCCCCUCCCACCGAUCACCGAUUUCGCUUGCGUGGAGGCGGUCUAUGGCAGCGAAGAAGGGAACUUGGAACACUACCUUUUGGAAACAAACAGCAGGUUUGAAGCAUAUCGGUUAGGGAUAUGGUUCUACCAAAAGGCAGUGCUGUCUUGCAGUCCAUCCAGAGGCGGUGACUACGUCGUGAUGAUCAUCCACAACAACGGCGAGUGGCUUUCUUUCGUCAAGGCAGGACAGAGCAAGUGGCAGGUGGCUUCAACUCUAAGUGGGGGAGACAGAUAUCUCGACUGCGCGUACCACAAAGGGAGGUUCCACGCCGUGACAUUGCACGGGAUGGUGGAGAAGUGGGAUCUUGAUGGAGCGAGCAAUGGACCAACAAGGGAGGUUUUUUAUGCCGCAAGGCCCUACGGAGGAUUAGGAUUAAUCCUCACUCGGCAUCUAGUGUCGACGCCAUGGGGUGAUCUCCUGCAAGUUCGUGCGAUUCUCGCGCAUCACUACCCAGAUGGUAUAGCAUUCCAAAUCUGCAAAGUUGAUCCGGAUGGAUGCAAGGGGGUGGUGCAGGAGAAUGUUUUGAUGGAUCAUGCACUAUUCCUUGGAUUGAAUCACUCCGCAUGCUUACCCACCCAGAAUUUGCCCGGGAUACGACCUCACUGUAUAUAUUUCUCUUCUCCCGUGAUAAUACAUGCAUUCGAUUGGCUUCUUGGACUACGUGUUUGGGGAGGUGUAAGGACGUACGACCUGGAAACAGGAAAAUUCGAGCGUGCAGUUCCCUUUUGUGAUGUUAAAGAACAGAUCUACGGGUUAUUUCCAUCUGAGGUUUGGAUCACUCAGAAUUUGCAAUAAUUAGAAAACAAGAUUGUUAUCUGUUUAGAAGCAUGUCUAUGGACAUUAUAGUUAGGUACUCACUAUCAGUUUUAAGCUUGUAUCGAUCAUUUUUAUGGUACCCUACUUCAAGAUUCGGAACAUUGAGAUCGAUAUUCAUGUGUUGAUGGCGGUGUACAAAUCUGUUUCUGAUUGUAUUUGUUGUGGCAGUGAUGUCAGAUUUGUUUUGUGGUGGGAGAUU